GCGGCGCGUCAGUUCCGUGCUGGGCCCGCGAUGCUGUCGGCGGGCGGCGGCUCCGGCCCCGGUGGGGCGGGCGGCUCCGGCCCGGGGCUCGGCGGGGAUGGGGACUUCCUAUCGCGGUACCGGCUGGUGUCGGCCAAGCUGCGGCGGCGGUUCCUGCGGAAGCCGAACGUGGCGGAGGCGGCGGAGCAGUUCGCGGCGCUGGCGCGGGAGCUGCGCGCUCAGGAGAGCCUGCCGUACGCCGCCUGGUGCCAGCUGGCCGUGGCGCGCUGCGCCCAGAGCCUGUUCCACGGCCCCGCCGAGGCGGCCGCGCUGGCCGAAGCCGCGCGGCUCUUCCUGCGCCAGGAGCGGGACCUGCGGCAGCGCCUGGGGCUGCGCGGCGGCUUCGGCGAGCAUGUGGCGGCGGCGCAGAGCUGCGGGGCCUUCGCCGCCCGCCUGCACCUGGAGCGGGGGCAGCCCGCGCUGGCGGCCGGGCCGUGCCUGGAGCUGGCGGCGGCGCUCCGCGACACG